UCCCACUGUCCCGAUCGAGAUGUACUGAUCGCGUGUUUCCCUUCACAGCCAGUUAAUUGCGAUAAGUGCCGGAUAAAGUAUAGCAAUCAAUGCUACGAUAAAGAACGAACGUGUGGUCGGUGUGCUAGUGCUGGUGAGGCGACCGUUGUUAACUGUUUGUUUGCAAACGAGUGCAUCGCGUUGUUUCCCUUGCCCAACUGGACGCACGUGCGUACGCUGACGAGGACCAAUGGCCCAAGAGGUAGACGAGAAACCAUCGAGUCCACUGGUGUCCAAAAAGUCGUUGGAUACCUACGAAGCGAACGGUGCUAAGGACCCCUUCACCAAUGGGCACUGCGUCCGGGAGGACGGUGAAGAAUCUUUCCCCAAACCAUCGUCACUGCGGCCCGAAGAUGGCAGCGAAAACCUCAAUCGAUUGGACUGCAUGGGACGGCUGUCGUACCGCGUGUCGAUGCUGAUCGGAUCGUUUUUCUACAGUCUCGGGUAUUGGAUCUCAAAAAAUGCGUGGAAAACCAUUGGCCUCUGCUGGCUGCUGGUGGCCGUGUGCAGCAUUGGCUUCGUGCGGUUUCACAAGGAAAAGAGCCCGAUGAAGCUGUGGAUACCGCUCGGGUCAAAGUUCCAACAUGACACCAACUGGAUGAUAGACCACUUUCAGGAGGGUAAUCGCAUAGAAACGGUUAUGAUCACCGCGCCGGACGUGCUGGUACCGGAAGUGUUGCAGACUAUUGCAACUAUCACAGAGGAAGUGGAGCGUUUCAAGUUCCAGAACAGUGAAGAGAAAAACCUGGGCUGGACGGAUGUUUGUCACAAAGUUCCCUUGAUUGCGUCCUACACUGGCAGCUCACAUGAUAUCGGCUCCAGCUUUACGCCUGCCGUCGAUGUGCCUUCGUUUCUGUUCUGCCCAAUCGUGGAACGUCUGCAACUGGGGUGCUACGGUAGCAGCCUGCUCGAGCUAUGGAAGUACGACCGGGACACGAUCGCGGGCCUGUCGAAGGAAGAGAUCGUCGAUCGAAUUAAUAGCACCAAGAUAAGCCCUGUGACCGGGCACACGGUAGAAUUUGCCGAACUGCUCGGUGACGUUAAGCGGGACUGGAGUGGCCGAAUAGUUUCGGCCGGUUCGCUCGUGACCCACUGGUUCGUACACGUCAACUUUUCCGAGGUGAAUGCGGAUGUAAGCGGGAAUGCUGCCGGUACGGAAGACUGGGUCACGGAGAACGCCGUCCUGUGGGAGGAAAAGUUUCUGAAGAUCGUUGCCAAGGCGAAGGCUGAGCUUUCGACGAACGAAACGAACAUUUACUAUGCAGCCGGUAGAAGUUACGGAGACAUCAGCGAGGAAUCGAUGUUCAAGGAUAUGGAUAAGCUGAUCUACGGUGGUAUCAUCAUGUUCGUUUACAUGCAGUUGGUGCUAUCAAAGUUCAGUUGGACCGAGUUUCGAGUCAUUCUUGGAUCCGUUGGUCUGAUGAGCGUUGGCAUGGGGUUCAUCUCGGGCUGUGGCAUUGUGGCCGCCCUUGGUGUGUCCUAUGGACCGGUGCAUACAUCACUGCCGUUCCUGCUAAUGGGGCUCGGUGUAGACGAUAUGUUCGUUAUGAUGGCCUGUUACCGUAAGGUGCGGAAAGCCAAUCCAGACCUACCGUUAGCCAAGCGAAUGGGAUUAAUGCUGCACCAUGCCGGGGCCUCCAUAACCGUUACAUCGCUGACCGACAUCGUGGCGUUCGUGGUGGGUUCGAUUACAGUUAUACCAUCUCUACAGUCUUUCUGCAUUUAUGCUGCGGCCGGUGUAUUCAUGAUGUUCUUAUUCGUGAUCACGUUCUUCGUCGCAAUCUUCACACUCGACGAGAUCCGUAUCGCCAAUCGGCGCAACGCAUUCCUGAUAUGGAUAGUGCACGAUGAAAAGUCUACCGGUGUUUGGUGCGAGUACAACCUGAUGCAUCGAUUCGUCAAGAUGCUCUACUCCAAGGUGCUGCUGACGGUUGCUGGUAAAACAUUAGUCAUCGCAGCGGUCAUCCUCAUGACCACCGUUAACGUACGCAGUUUACUGAAGCUACGCCAGAAGUUUGACCCAAACUGGUUCAUCCCCGAGGAAACGUACUACAAUCAAUUUGUUGUUAAAUCCCACGAACACUACCCGAACGUCGGGUACGAGGCAUUGCUCCUGUUCGGCAAUCUCAAUUACACCCAAGAGCUACCCAAUCUGCUCAAUGUUUCGCGCCAAAUGGAAAAUCGCACCGACAUCCUGCACAGCGUGUCGUCUUGGGUGGAUCCGUUCCGGGACUUUGUUAGCAAACACUACGGGAAGGACAUUGCGGUCGAUGUGCUCAGUGAUCGCGACUUCCGGAAUUACUUAUCGAAGUUCUUGUUCAGCUACGAGGGUGGACGGUUUCAGAUGAACAUUAAAUUCAACACUAAACUAAAGUGCGGUCAGCCAGCGCCAAACAUUACCGUCAGCACGAUGGACUUUAAGUUCAAACCGUUUAAGGAAAGGGAAGAGUAUCUCCCGGCGAAGUAUGCAGUCGAGGACAUACUGGAGAAGAGCAACAUUAGUUCCGGAGACCAAUUUCGGACGCUGUGGGCUAAAAUAUUCGGUAACUGGGUGACGGAUGAGAUCAUUGAUACGGAAAUUUAUCGCAACAUCGCGCUGGCACUGAUCGGGGUUAUGAUUUGCUCCGUGGUGCUCAUUGUGAACCUGCAAAUUUGUUUUUGGAUUUUUAUCUGCGUUCUGCUAACACUAGUUAAUGUGGGUGGACUGAUGCAGGUUUGGGGAUUAACACUCGAUCUGGUAUCGUGUAUAGCCCUUCAGUUGGCCGUCGGACUGUGCGUGGACUAUGCGGCGCACAUUGGCCACACUUUUCUGACGAUCAACAAAGGGGACAGAAACUCCCGGAGUCUGGAAACGGUACUGCAUAUCGGUGCGGCCGUCUUCUAUGGCGGAGGCUCGACCAUCCUCUCCCUGUCGAUACUGGCCGGUUCGCAGGCAUACACCUAUAGGACAUUUUUCAAAAUUUUCCUGCUGGUCAUUGCGUACGGGCUGUUUCACGGUACAAUUUUGCUCCCGGUGAUACUGAGCUUGAUUGGGCCGGCACCGUAUACCGGGUCGCUGAACAGCCUAAACACGAUCAACAACAAUCCGUCCCCCGAGAAGAAGGGCUACCAUGGAACGGAAAUGGUUUCGUUUAUCGGAGAUCAGAAAUACAAACUAAACGGAUCGGAUCUCUAGUAGGAUCGCUCAAAUAGAAUAUGAUUGCGACUCAACUCUCAGUAUGCACGUUGGGGAGGGGCGUAAAUUGUGAUACACCAAUUGUAAUUGGUUGUGUUCUCUUUGGUGACAUAACUAAGACGAAAGUAUUUUAAA